AUGAGAGGACCAGUGGUUUUCCAGAUGUGGAUGGUUUUACUGCUGACCGCCAUGAGCAGAGUCGGCAGGGCUCAGGUCGCCACGGCCAAAGUUAUGAGGGGCAGCAGCAGGAGAGACGACAGCAAUCACCUCACCACAGACUUGUACUACCAUAAAGAUGAAGACCUCGUGGUAACGCCGGUGGGUGGAGUCAUUCUCAGCCCACGCUACCCCAACUCUUAUCCUCGCAACCUGCUGUUGUCAUGGAAACUGCUGUCACCACCGGGGAGCCAAAUACACAUCGAGUUUGAUGGACAGUUUGGCCUGGAGGAGCCUGAGAAUGGAGUGUGCAGGUACGACUACAUUGAGGUGGAGGACCAGUCAGUGACCAACACCAUAAUCUGGGGUCGCUGGUGUGGGCAGAAGGCACCACAGGGUCUGACCUCCAAAACCAACAAGCUCCGAGUCACCUUUAAGUCUGACGAUUACUUUGUGGCAAAGCCAGGGUUCAAGAUCUACUACUCACUGGUGGUUGACCCUAAGGCUAAUUCAAGCACCAACUGGGAGGCUGUCACUCAGUUGAUGUCGGACAUGGGUUCACAAGGGACGUCACCAGCAGGAACAGGGUUUCCUCCGACGCUUGAGGAUUUAGACAAAACCAUUGCUGCCUUUGACUCAAUAGAACAGCUUCUCAAGUCUUUGUACCCGGAAACCUGGAGACAAGACCUGGACAGCAUCUAUGCACAAACAUACAUUUAUUAUAGAUCCAGAGCAUAUUAUCUGGCCAGCAAACACAAUAAAGUUGACCUGAAUCGUCUCUAUGAUGACGUCAAGCGAUACAGCUGCACUCCUCGUAACUAUUCUGUGAACUUGAGGGAAGAGCUGAGGACCAGCAAUGCUGUCUUCUUCCCUCGAUGCUUGUUGGUGCAACGCUGUGGUGGCAACUGUGGCUGCGGGACUAAAGACUGGAACACUGGCUGCACCUGUCGACCAUCAAAAACAAUAUCCAAACUGCACGAGGUGCUGAAGUACGCCCCCGAGGCUAGUCUGUAUAAGAACCAGCAGAGGCAGCGGGUGCGCUGGGUUAUCGAAGAAGUUUUCCUUUUACACCAUGAGUCAUGCGAAUGUGACUGUCCCCUCCAGCCUCCUCGCUAGGACACUUUUUGUUUUGGUUUUUGGGUC